CAGAGAAGGUCAGCCAACCAGCAAAGCCGUCAAAAUGCUGCCCCGCUCAAUGCUGCUAACGGCAGCUCUGCUUUUGUUUCUCUACUUUUCGCCACUUCUCCGAAGCGGGGUCACAUGGAUCACUUGGCAACUGGCAGCUGCAAUUGGGGCGCUUUCUAUCUUGACGUAUGCGCUACCAUACCUGGUCGUCAGUAUCUUGCCACCUCAGAAUCUCAAGAAGAAAUAUGAUGCGGAUUGGGCGUUUGUCACCGGAAGCUCUUCGGGCAUCGGCCGGGCACUGGCGGAAAGGCUAGCGCUGCAAGGCGUAAACAUCGUGCUGGUGGCACUGGACGAUCAGCUGCUUAAAGACACCCACGCUGCUCUCACCAACCAGUUCCCACAGCUCAAGUUCCGAGCGGUUGGCGCUGACCUCAGCGUCUCUGAUGGAAGUUACAUGACGGCCAUUGCUCAAGCCACCAAAGACAUCCACGUGUCCCUGGUCUUCAACAACGCUGGCUACAUGGUCACGGGCUUCUUCCGUCAGGUCCCGCUGAACAAGCACCUCGCCAACAUCGAGUGCAACACAGUCUCUGCCGUGCGCAUAACACACCACUUCUUCCAACGCAUGGUCGACUCGAAGCGGAAAGGUGCGAUCGUGUUCACCUCUUCGGUAGCGGGAUACAUCCCGUCCCCAUUCGCAACCGGGUAUGGCGCCACGAAGGCGUUCCUUUCGUCCUUUGCCGCAUCCCUCGCGGUCGAGGCCCGGCAUUACGGGGUGGACAUCUGCGCGGUGCACCCGUCCCCAGUCAACAGCCGUUUCCUCGACAAAGCGGACAAGCUAGACAGCCUAGAGUUUACGUCCCAAUUCGCGUACCGUCCGGAGGACCUCCCGGACGACAUCUUCCGGACAGUCGGACGGGCCGUCUGGCGGGACCUCGGCGGGUUUGCGCUCGUCGCCCGGGGGGUGACUAAACUGAUUGACUACAACGCUCUUGCAACCAUUUUCUCUUUGACUGCCCACAACAUGAAGGAUUGGAAGAUGGCAACUCAGCGAAGUGGCCCGAAAAGUUGACCAGAGGUCAUCGCAACUUGCUUGCGUUUGGAGUCACCAUAGGCAUUAGAUUUCGAGUUGACUGUAGGCAGCCUGGACAGCGCUGGGCCGAAGUCUCUGUUGUUGUCUAAGGGAUGUACUAGUAGGACAGAGUUUUGCUUUUUAAGACUGAGAGCUCGACCCGGCGUCAAACGUGUUGCAUUGAGAGUAAUUUCAAGUCGAACUGCCGUAGUGUCCAUACAAGCCUUGUUCGGAAAUUGACAUGGACUGAAGGCGUUGCAAUUGAUGUGGACUGCACUAAAAUUUGCUGCAUAAUUGAUUCAGAGUUCAG